AUGACUUCCAAGACUUGCAGCUUGUUUGUUCUGUCUAUCAUCAUGAUUUAUUUUGGACAUUUUGGAAGUAGCUUAAUCCUUGCUAAUCUACAAAAUGAUAUAGACAGCCUGAAAGCAGACUUUAACUCAAGUCUUCCAGACGUAGCUGAUGGUGGAUCUAUUUUUACAGAGAAACUGAAACACUGGACAGAGAGAAAUGAAAAAAGGAUCAUUCUGAGCCAGAUUGUUUCCAUGUACCUGGAAAUGCUUGAAAAAACUGACAAGUCGAAGGGGCAUGUCAGACGCAUAUCUGAAGAGCUCUUCACUUUGAAAAACAGCCUUCCUGAUGGCUUAAAGAAGCUGAAGGACCUCAUGGACCUGAAAAAGCUUGAGAUGAGUGACCUGAAAAUCCAACGCAAAGCUGUGAAUGAGCUGUUGAGCGUCUUGCAAACACUAGUGGAGACCCCAGCUUCUUCAAAAAGGAAAAGGAGCCAGUUUCAGAGGAGAUGCAAAUGUUAAUGAUAUCAUAUGGCCAUUUGUACUGAGCUAUUGUACAGAUUGCCUUAUGACGCACAUUUUUUUUCAUUUCAACCUUUUAUUGAGCUUUUAUAUACAUUUAUUUAUUAAUAUUUAAGUAUUUUAAAUAAUUAUUUAUAAAGAUACACCAGAGUAUUUAUACUUCCUACUGCUAUGUGAGAAACAACUUUGUCUUAAAAUCCUGUCUAUCUGUUAUAUGUUUAUUGACUGGAAAACACAGAAGGAGACAAUGUUUACCCAGUUUCCACGUGGAAAUACUGACUUGACAUGAUACUGUCCCCAGCUAGCCAUCUGGUGGUGUCUUGAUAGAGGGAUGUUGUAAGAUCAGUCUCAUCAUUCACCUAUUUGGCAUGAAAAUGCAGGCACCAGGAAAACACAUUCUUAUUUGCUUAGCUUUAAGCAUAUGGAAAUCUAAUUCAAGCAAAUAGGCAUGCCUAAAGAUAAGCAAAUGCCAAAGCACUUUUCUGAACUGGGGCCUUGAUGACUUACUGAUGCUGAUCACUGUUAUGCACUGGAGUGACUAGGAGGCUAGGCUACACAGUAAUUCCAGGAGACGUGACUGACUGUAAUGCACUGACUUAACUUCAGCUCACUGAUUUUCAAAAAGUGCUAUUUUUUUGUAUUAAAUCAUUUGAAUGUGUCUGAUGUCAUUAUAUUUAUUUGGAGGUAGUAGUAUGGAAGUUUUUAUCUCAGGGACUAUAUUUUUGUACUGAAAUAUUAUUUAAAAAAACUUUAGA